AUGAGUUUCUUAAAACGGGGUGUAGUUCUUGUAUCCUUAACGGCAACGCUUAAUUCGUUGCGACCUAAGCUGUGCGGAAACAACAAAUCAAGUUCAUGCAAAGCCCCAUCGAACCUUCAAUUCGCUGUGCUCUACGCAGGGAUAGCUCUAGCAACACUCGGAGUGUCCGGAGUGAGGUUCACCAUAGCAACAUUCGGGGCGAACCAGUUCGAAAGCCAAAAGGAUCAAUCAACUUUCUUCAACUGGAUCUUCUUUGCACAAUACGCCGGUUUGGUCCUAAGCGGUACGCUGAUCGUGUACAUCGAGGACAGUGGGAGUCCAAUACUGAGCUUGGCUCGUGUCCUCGUUGCUAGUAUUCGGAAACGGAAGCUUCAGCUCCCACUGACGAGUGACGAGUUCUAUUACGGCCCACAUGGACAGGAUAAGGAGGUGGACGUAUCAGCUGGAAAGAAUUUCAGGUUCUUGAAUCGUGCGGCUGUGAAAAUUGAUGGAGACACCGAGUCCGACAACUCCAUCGCUAAACCUUGGAGGCUAUGCACAGUGCAACAAGUGGAGGACCUAAAAUGUGUGGUUAAAAUGUUACCACUGUGGUCAAGCUCCAUCUUCUUGAGCACCCCAAUCGCUGUCCAGAACAGUAUGACAAUCCUCCAAGCCCUAACCAUGGACCGCCACUUAGGACCCCAUUUCAUGAUUCCCGCCGCUUCGGUCCUCGUCACAAUCAUGAUCUCCGCCUUGGUCUCCCUGGCUUUGAUAGAUCGCCUGCGCUCCCGACUCCCACUGUGGAAGAAACUGACCGGUUCGCCCCCAACAGUAUUCCACAGGAUUGGUGUGGGUCAUAUCCUGAAUGUGCUCGGCUUGAUUGUAUCGGCACUAAUCGAGUCACGCAGGCUCCGGACAGCCCAUCUCCACCAUCUCCAAAAUGUCAACGAUCCCACUGUCCCAAUGUCUGCACUGUGGCUAUUCCCUCAGCUGAUUCUGGUCGGAAUCGGCGAAGCAUUCCAUUUUCCGGGACAAGUGUCGUUGUACUUCCAAGAAUUCCCAGCGAACUUGAGCAACAGCGCGACGGCGAUGGUUGCAGCGACCAUCGGGACUGCAUAUUAUCUGAGCACUGUUGUGGUUGAUCUGGUUCGGAGGAGCACUGGGUGGUUGCCGGAGAAUUUGAACGACGGGAGGUUGGAUUGUAUGUAUUGGUUGCUUGGCGGGCUUGGGAUGGCGAAUUUCGGGUAUUACCUCGUAUGCGCAAAGUUGUACAAGGGAAAAGAUGGAAGUUCUAGUUCGAGCCUUCCGAUGACUGAUGAUGUUGGCGAAAACAAAAUGAGGCCUUGA